AUGAUCCGUCAAAUCGAUGUUAAUCCAGAUGACUGGAAGUUCCAGAGAAUACUUUGGACUGAUAAUCAAUCAAGCACCAGCGAGCCUGCAGUGUACCGUCUUGCUACCGUUACUUACGGUACAAAGCCAGCACCAUACUUAGCAGGUCGCGUUCUUAAACAACUUCUCAGCGACGAGGGCUACAAGCUCCCAUUAGCAAUCGAACCUUUUGAAAAGGGUAGUUACAUCGACGACAUCACCGGAGGUGCUGAUACUCUCUCACGUCUCAACGAAAUCGCGUCUCAGGUUGAAGCUCUCUAUCUCACCGGGUAUUUUCCAGUAGCAAAGUGGAAAAUAAAUCAUCCAUCGUUCUGUAAAGUCAACUCAUCAAGUCUCAGCAGCAACACAUCUCACCAGUUCGAUGAGUCUACGUGUAAAAUUCUCGAUAUGUCCUGGAAAUGUUCUCCGGACAUUUUGACUUUUACAGGCCAUACAUCUCAAAUUUCGGCCAUCACGAAAUGCAUCAUACUGUCAGAAACAGCACAGUUGUUUGAUCCUCUUGGAUUAAUUUCACCAGUCAUUAUUCGAGCCAAAACUCAGAUACAGGACUUAUGGCUAGGAAAGAUUGGAUGGGAUGACCCACUAACUCCUCAGAUAACUCAUCGCUGGAAGACGUUCAGGAAUGAAUUGAUUGAUCUCGCAAGCCAGAAAAUAAAACGCUGGCUCAAUCUCACAUCUGACCUCUCACACGUCGAGAUACAUGGAUUUCCGGACGCAUCAUAA